UUAUUGAAUCAAGUAGCCGAAAAACAUGAUCAUGGACAACCAGAAAACCACCAACAAAACGACGCUCCUCAAGUUGAUGUUGCUGCGAGCCUGGAAGGAGCGCUGGACCGACUGCCAGUGGGGAAUCAACGUGAAAACGGUCCUAACACGCGGUGUUAGCGGGGAUGUCUACAGUUUGGCGGACUGCAUCCUGCAGCAAGCCGUUGUUGGUUCCGGAGCCAAUACUCUCUUCCUGUCCUACCUGAAGCACUCGCUCUGUGCGCAUCUGAUCUCACAUGCGGCCGUCUUAAAACGCAUCGCCAAGUACGACCACUUUGAGAUGCACCACUGUCUGAUCGCGUUGCUCGAUUUCCUAGAAUCGAUCAUCGCCGGCGUUACGUGCCGCGGCAAACAGGAGGAAGGUCUGCUGACCAAAGCGAUGCUCUCGCUUGUUUACUGGUUGAUGCAGAUCUACAAGCACGCAAUCGAGACGUUCGGCGAGAAUCGGUCGCUUUCGGCCGAUCAACAGGAAGUGGUAGAGAAAACCGCCAACGUGCUGGAGAAGAUCGUUCAGAGUCAGUUCCUGUUGGGGGUGGUUUAUGUGGGCAAGCUGGCGGAUCCGGAACUGUUCGGAUUGGUGGCGAAAAAAUGCAUAGAUAUCGAAAGUGUGACGGCCAAGACCGGGUUCGUUCCGCCGGUGGUUAGCCAGAAGAAUGUCACGGUCAACGAUUAUAUUCGAAAGGUUGCAACGAUUGAAACCGGUACUUUGGAGAUGAAGGAUUUCGACGGCAAGGGCGUCGAGCCGAUCACGUUCUGCAUGCAACCGCUGAUCGCGAUCGAUAUUUUGUUAAAUCCGAACUGCGACACCCAGAUGUACGUGCUAGAGUUCCUGUCGAUCCGAUCGUUGAAAAAUUACCCAUUGUCCAGGUUGUACUGCGAGAUUAUACGCGGAUGUUUGACCUGUUUGAACAACGUCAGCGGAACCAGUCGGGAGUCGUUCAUUUGUGCGUUCACGUUUAUCAAGGUGCCCCAGAUCAUACGACAGAUUCAUCGUCAAUCGCGGGUGCUCAACGCGAGUGACUUUGAAGAUGCCAAGCCAGAUUAUUCGCCGGAGGUCGUCGAGGCUUUCGAGCUGCUUCUGCAGGACUCGGCAAUCUUGGAUUUCAUGGAUGCCAAGUGUGCUUGCAACACGGUGGAAUAUCUACUGAACGAGAUGCUCAAACACCAUCUGAUCAACGAGAAGCAAUCGAAGAUGAUCGCGGCCAAGCGGGAUGUGAUCACCAGCGGAUUGCAGAAGCUCGAUUUGAACACCAAUCAGCAUUCGAUCGUCAAAUUUGUGCUGAGGGCAGAACCUCCACUGGUUGGAAUUCUGAAGACUCUGAGCUCCGAUUACAACAAGGUUCAGGAGGCUUUGCUCGGCAUGUUGUGUCAAGUGCUGUCCGGAAAUAGUUUCGAGCUGAUUCUGUCCGUGGCCACCGUCGAGGGCAAGCUGAAAACCUUCGUCGCGGGACUGAUCAAGUGCAACGAGAACUCCAAGCAAGUCCCGGGGGAAAUGGGGAAACCGGCCAUGACUCGGGCAGCUCUGUUCGACGUUUCCUUUCUGAUGUUGGUUUUCAUCGUACAGAAUUACGGUUCGGAGGUGGUCCCGACCGAAGGAACGGAUUCCUUCUUCGAAAAGUGGGUCCGCGAGUGCAUGGUUGAGAAGCACAAGUCCAAGUCUCCUAUGAACAUGGUCAAGCUAUGUGACCAGAGUAAGGUUGAUGAGCUGAUCGUGAGUCUGAACUCUCCGGAUGGCUUGAAGGCGACGUCACUUAAGUGGCAGGAGAUUUGCGCGAACAUUCCGGGUCUGCUGUACCAGGUCCUACUCGCCUGGGAAAACGAUGGCCUAUCCACGGGCGAGAUCAAAAAGUUCCUGGACAGUUUGAAGUCCCGGUUCUGUUGUUUCUCGAUCUGUGCCACCUCUUGGCUGUGCGCGUACAUGCAAAUCAUCCGCCAGGACGAACUCCUAAAACCGAUGAACAUGGUCCAGCAGUUCCUGACCAACGUCAGCUCCGAGGAGAUGAUGCAGCAGGAAUACCUGAAGGAACGCCUCGGACUGACGGUGCAGAUCGUCCGUAAGAUGCAGCUCGACUUCCAGCGGUUACCGGUGGCCAGCCCCAAGAUGAGAAACCAGCUGCAGUCGCAGAGUUUGGUUUCGCAGGCUCCAUUGGAGGAACAGUUCGAGGAGGUGUGGAAGGGGGUGGUGGAGAAAGGCUGGUUGCCAAUCGACGCGACACUGGUGCUGGAGAACUUGCUGCAGUCUUGUGGGCCGUUUUGGUUGGUGGAUAAACUGGUUCAGCAGAUUUUCCACUGCAAAUAUAUUAGAGAAAUGAACAAAACCAUGGAUAUCGUGUUUGCAAUUAUGCACUUGGACAUAGAGCGUUGUACAACCGCGCUGCUCUCUCAGUUGAUUCCAAUGAUGCUGCUCAAUAAGUUACAAAUAUCGGAAAUCGUCGACCCGUUCUCCCGAGUGCUUGCCAAACUCUGCGUCUACUGCAUCGUGGCCACCAUGGAAGCCCCAGUUCCGCCCACCAAGAAGCGUUCGCGCGCCGCAAUUGCUGCCGAAGGCGACGACCUGGAUGCACUCUGUUCCGCGCCCAAAAUCCGUAAGAUCGGUUCCGAUUCGUGCGAUUCCACCUCCAGUGAUUUCAUGCUGGAACAGGUGCUGGCCGCCCGCGAAAGUUCGACGCAGUUGAAGGAACCCUUGCAGGGUUGUUUGCAGGCGCUUUUCCGAACCUUUUCGCAGUAUAUCGUGUCGGACGAGCUGUCGCCCAAGAUCUUCUUCAUGUUCCAGCUGCUGUCGCUGCUGGUCGAGGUGGGAAAGGAUCGCAUUAAGCCGGUCCUGAAGCUGAUUCCCAACGGGCUGAUCCAGAACAUGAUGAAGAUCAACGCCACGGACGAUAUGACCGUUGGGUUUAUUUUGAGGUUAUAUGACUUAAGUACCGCUUCCGGCAGGCAGUUUGCCAUGUCGGAUCUCUGCCUGUUCCGAAACAUUCAGAUGCGUAAGGAUAGCAUUAAGCUGUGAGUAUGUGUGUAUUAUGCUUUUUUGUUCGUUUAAUUUUUUGAUUUUACAGUUAAAGACUUCUUCUCUGUGUGAAGGAGGAUAGAAUCUAAUACCUUUCUAUGUUACUUUUAUUCGAAUAAUUAUUUUACAACUUA